AUGUCUGAUCGCGGAUCCUCCAGAUCGCGUUCACCAGUUAUUUCGGUGAACUCAACCCAUGACGAGGCAUCAGUGCAUUCCAGCAUUAGUGAUGAUUCUCGUUUGAACGACCACAGAAACCAAAAUAUGACACUCCCUGUCAAGACAGACUCUCGUUUGCAAACAGAUGCGGCUAGAGUAUCCAGAGCAGGGAUUUUCGAUUCUUCUGAUGCCAACGCGCGUGUUUCUAGAAAACCAGACCAGCUGUUGGAUUCCAGUGAACUAAGAGACAGAAUGGUGGCCGUCGAUGACGAGGACGAGGAUGACAACUUUGCUAUCAAGAUCUCGUCUCCAAUGCCACCUAUCCAGGAACGUCGUCGUUCUCGUGCUCGGUCCCGGUCUUUUGGCGAACAAGUCAAGUCUUUCAUGAAACCUCGUGAGGACUCCUUCUCUGGUGGAAUACUGCUUCCUCCAAGUUCGAACGUCAACCAGGACAAAAACAUCACUAUUGCCUCCAAUAAUCAUCUGGGAAGAACAAUUUCCAGAGCAAGCACUAAAAGUGAUAAAUCCCGCAGACGCCCAAGUAAUUCGAUGCAGAAGGAUAAUCAAAGCGACAACGAUAGUGACAGAGACUCGCGUGCUUCCAACGAUUCCCAAGAAACAGAGGAGGACGUUUGUUUCCCUAUGGUUCCAGAGCACAUUCGAAUUGAAGGGAUUGAUUUCGACGAGAUUGAGGAAUUUAUCAAAGAUCAGAGAGAGGAGAACGAGAUCUUUAUGAGAAGAGAAGAAGAACUUAGAAAGAACGUGACCAAGGCUACCGGUUCUGAGAAAUUCAGUACCUCUGCUCUCAGAUACACUCCUCGUGUUGAGGAAAAAGACUCCGAGGACAGAGAGCCAAUCUCCAAGGAAUACGGUGUCACUGACAGCAGUGAUAGCGAAGCCAAUGGAGUCACCUUUGAAAGAGCAUUCAGUGCUAAAGAGUCUGUUCCUCCUGACAGAUUUAGUUUCUUCUCGUCUGAAGUUGAAGAGACGAUCCAUGCACCAGACAUUCCUUCUCUGGUCCCUCCUGGCGCUCAAUUCCAGUCUCUGUUUCAACAUGAAGAUGCUACCUGGUGGAUUGAUUGUAUUUGUCCAACGGAUAACGAAAUGAAGAUGUUGGCCAAGGCUUUUGGAAUCCAUCCUUUGACGGCAGAAGAUAUCCGUAUGCAAGAAACUCGUGAGAAGGUGGAGUUGUUCAAGAACUAUUAUUUCGUUUGUUUCCACACAUUUGAAACAGACAGCGAGAGUGAGGAUUUCCUUGAGCCAAUCAAUGUGUAUAUCGUUGUUUUCCGCAACGGUAUCCUUACUUUCCACUUUUCCCCUAUUUCUCAUCCUGCUAGUGUGAGAAGAAGAGUGAGACAAUUGAAGGAUUACGUGAAUGUGAGUGCUGAUUGGUUGUGUUACGCUCUGAUCGAUGACAUUACUGAUGGAUUCGCUCCUGUGAUUCAUGCCAUCGAAUACGAGGCUGAUGCAAUUGAGGACUCUGUGUUUUUGUCUCGUGAAAACGAUUUUGGAGCCAUGUUGCUCAAAAUCGGAGAGUCGAGACGCAAAGUUAUGACGCUCAUGAGGCUUCUGCAAGGUAAAGCAGACGUUAUCAAGAUGUUUGCCAAACGGUGUCAGGAUGAAGCAUCGACUCCACAAAAUGCUGCGCAACCUCGUGGAGACAUCGCGUUGUUCUUGGGUGAUAUUCAGGACCAUAUUAUCACCAUGUUCCAAUCUCUGUUGUCCUACGAAAAGAUCUUCAGUCGGUCGCACUCUAAUUACCUGGCUCAGUUACAAGUUGAAUCGUUCUACUCUAACAACAAAGUGACAGAGAUGCUUUCGAAAGUGACCAUGUUAGGUACCAUUCUUGUUCCGUUGAACUUGGUGACCGGAUUGUUUGGAAUGAACGUAAAGGUCCCAGGACAAGAAGUUGACAGCUAUCAAUGGUUCGGAGGUAUCAUUGGGUUCAUUUUUUUCCUCAUUUUAGCAUUCGGACUUGGAGCCACCUUGUAUCUGCGACUGGUCAAUAGGUCUCCAUCGUCAGAGCUUCGUCCAGCAGGAAGAUCGAUUCGGAGCUUCCAUUUCGGCAAACGCCAGAAUGUCGAGCCUCAGCGUGGACGGAGUAAUCGGUCGAUGAUCAGUUUACCUUCCAAAUUCACUCGGUACGGUGAUUGGUAA